AUGGAGCUGAACCAGACAUCCCCAUCUCCCACAUCACCUGUGCCGGAGACCACCGAUGGAGAAGACCCGUGCAGGAUAGAGGUCACCGAUGUGGCUGUAGACACUGUCACGCUGCUCAUCUGCCUCUGCGGGCUGGUGGGGAACGGAGCCGUCCUCUGGCUCCUCGGCUUCCACAUCCGCAGGAACCCCAUCACCGCCUACAUCCUCAACCUGGCCGUUGCCGAUUUCACCUUCCUCCUCUUCAUGGUCACCUCAUCCCUCCUCUACAUGAUGGAGAACAUCUUCUGCUCCACUGUUGUGUCCUUGACGUACCUGAGGUCGCUUUUCCUGCUCUCACUGUUCUCCUACAACAUGGGCCUGUACCUCCUGACAGCCAUCAGCAUCGAGAGGUGCGUGUCCAUCCUCUACCCGCUCUGGUAUCGCUGCCACCGCCCCCAGCACUUGUCGGCCGUGGUGUGUGCCCUGCUCUGGGCCCUCUCCGUCGCUGUCAUUGCUGCAGUGACUUCUCUGUGCCUGUUGCACGAGCACGAGCACUGCCAGAUAGCUCUCAUCUCCAUGUAUGUCCUCAACUUCCUCUUCUUCGCCCCACCCAUGGUCAUUUCCAAUGUGAUCCUGUUCAUUAAGGUCCUGUGUGGCUCCAAGCAACGUCAACCCAAGAGGCUCUACAUCGUUAUCUUCCUCACCGUCCUCUUCUUUCUUAUCUUUGGGGUUCCCCUCAGCAUCUGGAAUUUCCUGCAGCAGUUCAACAGCACCCUCGUGCCCUCCCAGGUUUUUUUGCUGCUCGCCUGCAUCAACAGCAGCAUCAACCCCUUCAUCUACUUCUUGGUAGGGAGCUGCCGGAGGCACUGCUCAUCGGUCUCCCUCCAGGUUGCCUUCCGGAGGGUCUUCGAAGAGACGGGGGUCACCACGAUCUCCAGCUAA